AUGGAUGACGUCGUGCAAGUGUCGGCGAUAGUCGCGGUGGUCGUGGCAGGUGAGGAACCCCAGGGAGCCCAGCUUGAAGGAGAUGAUAGGCGGGAUGGUGGUGCCAAACAGAUGCGCAGCGUGCAGAAUCAGGCCAUCGCCCCCCAGGCUGACGAUGAAGUCCACCGCCCGGUGCAGGCCAAAGGCCUCGCUGGGGUGGAAGGGCAGGAUCCACUUGCCCAGGCCCUGGCGCACCUGGAAGUUGGAUGGGGGAUGGAGGGUGGGGAGGCAGUCACAGCGACUGCCCAGCACUUGGAAGCAACCCCAGAGGUGGCAACCCUGCUGUUUUCAAGAUGUGAAGGCAGCAAGGUCCAAGACAGGCAAAACCCUGGGCAAGGUCUGCCCGCCAUGCCAUUGAACCUCCACCCUCCUCCCAGAAUCAAAGGCAGAUGCAUGGUGUGCAUCUGCAGUGAGAAUGUGCCACCAACAGCAGCACAUCACAGCUGUGUGAACAGACACACGCAUGACGUACAGCGCCAACCAUUCGCUCACCAGGCACUCAUGGCAGGAAUCUUCCACGACGACAAGCAAGCCCUGCUCCCGCCCGAGGAAGUCCACCACCGCAGCAAACUCCUCCUCCAGCUCCUCCCCGAUCUUCUUGAGGACCAUGACACUGCGACCAGGACAAUGUCAAGCUGA